AUGGAAAUGGAAAUAAAUUGAAAUUUAAAUAAAAAGAUCAUGAAAUUGGUAAAACAAAAAUAUAUUUUUUCCUAUGGAAAAUACUUUAGUUUAAUUUUGAAAACACAAAAAUUAAACUUGUCAUAAAAUUUAAUUUCGAAGCAUAAGAAAUAUCACUACAAAAAAUUAUAAAAUUGUUGACAAUCAGCAGCGACACUAAAAAGUCACCGCUGAUUCUCAACUUUCAGUGGCGACUUAUAUGUUGCCGCUGAAACUUACAACAUAAUUUAAAAAAAAAUUACAAAAAUGCUAACAAUCAACGGCGACACUAAAAAGUCACCACUGAUUCUCGAUUUUCAGCGGCAACUUGUAUGUCGUCGUUGAAACUUACAACAUAAAUUUUUUAAAAAAAUUAUAAAAAUGUUGACAAUCAGCGGCGGCACACUAAAAAGUCGCCGCUGAUUCUCGACUUUCAAGGGUGACUUGUUUGUUGCCGCUAAAAAUUACAAAAUAAUUUUUUUAAAAAAAUUAUAACAUAUGUUAAAAUAUGUUGACAAUCAGCGACGACACUAAAAAAUUGUCGCUGAUUCUCAACUUUCAACGAUGACAGUAGACAUCACCAUUGAAAGUGUGACUUUUUGUGGCGACAUGUACUUGUCACCGCUGAAAGUAUGACAUCCAGUGGCGACUAUAUCUUGUCGUCGCAGAAAGUCACACUUUUAGCGGUGACUUUUAUUGUCACUGCUGAAAGUUGAGAAUCAACGGUGACUUUUUAGUAUCGCUGCUGAAAGUCUUUUUUUAUAGUGUACGAAAAGCAAUACAAGGAAUAUUUCACAGUGAGAAUCAUAAGCCCAAAGGAAGGGCCCAUUCUAAAAAACUAGUCUAUUGGAUGGGAGAGUUCCUUGAACUUAUAAACCCCACUUUGCUAAGGAUGUUGGCUCUUGAUAAGGUGGCAUUGUAAUGAGUCCUAUAUUGGAGAGCUUUACAAAUAGAGUAAGGUUUAUAAGUUCAAGGGAUCUCCCAUCCAAUAGGCUAGUCUUUUAGGAUAGGUUCUCUUUUUAGACUUGUGCUUGUCAUAUUGUUGUUUUUAUUGAGAGUCUAGUAUCACAGAAAGAGCUACCUAUAAAAGGGUCUUGACAGGGUGGCAUUGCAAUGUAGGUGCCUCACAAAUAGAGUAAGGUCUAUAAAUUCUAGGACUCGCUCACCCACUAGUCUUUUGAGAUGGGUUCUCACUUGAGCUUAUGCUCAUCACAUAUCUCAUAUAAUUUUGAAUAUAUUAUGAUUUUGGAGAGAUAAAUAAACAUAUUUAAAGUAAAUUUAAUUUAAAUUCAUCCAAAAUUCUUUAAAAAAAAACUCCCUUGCUAUAAAAUAUAAGGAAAAAAAAAUUGGAAAGAUUCUUUAUCAUCAACUAUAAUGCACAAAUUUUUAUAAAUAUUAUUUAAUAAUGUAUUUCUAAAAAUGCCCCUAAGAAAUACUUCAAAGUUAAAACUACUAAGACAAUUCAAACUCUUCAUUUUCCCAUAUUAAUAAAUGUAGGGUAAUGGAUCAAAAUAGGAAAGAAAGAGUAUUUUUCAAACAUCAACAACCUAUGUGCAUUAAUGAAUUUGUACCUUAUAUUAUUUGAUAAUCAAGAGGGAACUAUGGUGUGCUCAUCAAGAUGAUAAGAUCUAGACUAUUUAGAUUAAAAAUUAUAUUUUUUUAUGAAAAUAAAAAUUAUAAAAUUUUUAAUAAAUCUACUUUAUCACCAAUCCAAAUAAUAAAAAUUUAAUCUAGAUAGUUCAAUUAAAUAUUUAAUAAUCCAGAUGUACUCUGGAUAGUCUAGAUUUAAUAUUAAUUUUUUAAAAUUUUUUUUUGGUAAAUAUAAUAUUAAACAUAAAGAUAAUAUCCAAAUUGGUACUUUUAAAAAUAUUUUUUUCAAAAAGUUGUGAGUUAAAUAUUUUAACUUGAGAUUGUUCAAAUUACAUCUGGAUAUAGUCAUUUAUAAAAUUUUUAAAUAUUAAAUUGGACAAUUCAGAUUAAAUAUGUAUUAUCUAAAUGAGUGAUAAAAUAAAUUCAUUAAAAUUUUUAUAGUUUUAUUUUAAUAAAAAUAACAAAAUAAUUAUUUAAAUAUGGACCCUCAACAGGGCGAUGAGCACCCGCAUUGAAAGUGGUUCUUUAAUGGUGAAAGUAUUUUAUUGAGCCUAUAUAUUAUAAAAAUAAUUUUUAAAUAUAAUAUAAAACAAUUAUUAGAAAAAAGUUUUGGCCCCAAUUGUUAGAUGUCUUGACUUUGUUACAACACACACUAACAAUAAACGUACUUGGGUAGGGGCACUUGGUAUGGAAAAUUUAGAACAAGUGAUUCUAAAGAUAAAAGGGAAUUCUUUUUAUUGAGAGAUUCAAAUUAAAGGGGUAUGCAUUGUGCGAUGAAUUAUACUGAAUAGUGAAUACUGAAGGGAACCAUUCAAUUCAACUCCUCCACGCAAUAAUUAUUGCAUGUUCGAAGAUUACCAUUAUACCCUUAAAAAAUUGGGGGUUAUGGUCUAUUUUUGUCUCUUUUCUUCUCCCCGUUGAUGCUGCGUCCUUGAUCGUGAGAGAGCGAGAGUGAGUCCAGAGCUUCCACCUUUCUACCUUCGCAUCGCCGUCCCUCCACCGUAGCUGGUCACUGUUUAUUUAGUCGCUGGUUCUUCUUCCCCUUCCUGUUCCAUCGCUGCUAUUCUGAUCCUAUUGCUGAAGCUGCAUCUGCCUCUCUCUCUCUCUCUCUCUCGACUUCCAUGAACUUGAUGACAAUCCCACCAUGGAAGUACCAUGUCUUCUUGAGCUUCAGGGGAGAAGACACCCGAAAAGGCUUUACAGACCACUUGUAUGCUGCUCUAAAACAAAAGGGUAUCAUAACUUUCCAAGAUGAUAAGCUCCAGAGAGGAGAGGUUAUUUCUCACCAACUCCUCCAAGCAAUUGAUGAAUCUCUCAUCUCUCUUGUUAUUCUUUCUGAAACUUAUGCUUCUUCGAGUUGGUGUUUGGAUGAACUCCAAAGGAUUCUUGAAUCUAAAAGAUCUCUGGAUAGAGAAGUUAUCCCAAUCUUCUAUGAGAUUGAUCCAUCCGACGUGUGUCAUCAGAGAGGUACCUUUGCUUGUGCCUUUCAGAAACAUAGUCUCAGAUUUGCUGAAAACAAAGAGAAGGUGCAAAGAUGGAGAGAUGCCUUGGAAGAAGUUUCAAAUAUAUCUGGCUAUGACACUACAGAUCAGCAUGAAGCAAAACUCAUUGAAGAAAUUAUCGCACAAGUAUGGGCAAAGGUACAGCCUAAUUUACCAUAUUGUUUUGAUGAUGAGCUCGUUGGCAUUGAGUCAAGAGUAAAAGAUGUGAGUGCACUUUUAAAGAUUGGAUUAUGUGAUGUUGGCUUCAUAGGAAUAUGGGGCAUGACAGGUAUUGGAAAGACAACUCUUGCAAGAAUUAUCUAUAAGAGAAUAUUUCACCAAUUUGACGUUAGUUGUUUUCUUACUAAUGUUAAAGAAAACUCUAAAGCCAAGGGUUUGGUUCCCUUGCAAAGAAAACUUCUUUCCAAAUUCAAGAUAAAAGACAUGGAUAUUGACGAUGCAUACGAAGGAAAGGAUAUGAUAAGGAAGUUGUUAUGCAGCAAAAAAGUUCUUGUUGUCUUGGAUGAUGUAAGUGAAAUAAGCCAACUAGAGAACCUUUCCAUGAAGAAAGCUUGGCUGUGUCUUGGGAGCAGAGUAAUUGUAACAACUAAAGAUAUGCAUGUAUUGAUAGGGCAUGGAGAAUUUGAAAUUUAUAAGGCUACUUUCUUAAACAAUGAUGAAUCUCUUCAACUGUUAUGUAAGAGGGCUUUUAAAAAGGAUGAACCUCUGGAAGGUUACUUGAAGUUGUGUGAGAGUGUCAUCCACCAUGCUCAAAGCCUUCCUUUAACUCUUGAAGUGUUGGGUUCUUAUCAUUGUGGAAGAAGUGAACUUGAAUGGAAAGAAGCUUUGGAGAAAAUUAAAAGGUUUCCGCCAAGCAAUAUUCUAAUGAGACUUAAAAUCAGUUACGAUGCAUUAAGUGAUAUGGAAAAGAAAAUAUUUUUAGAUCUUGCAUGUUUUUUUAAGGGAAUGAAUAAAGAACAAGUGACACAAAUAUUUGAAAUGUGUGGUUUUUGUCCUGUGCUUGGAAUAAGAGAACUUGUUGAGAAAUGCAUGAUAACUGAAUAUUAUUAUGACCAUGGUGUGUGUUUGGUAUGCAUAAUAUCCUUCAAGAAAUGGGAAGGAUUAUUGUUUUGGAGGAAUCCCCAAAGGAUGUUGGCAAAAGAAGUAUGAUAUGGUCACAAGAAGAUAUAGAUCUUGUAUUGACUAAAAAUAAAGGAUCUGAUUUGAUAGAAGUUAUACAUCUUCAGUCAUCUAUACCAUAUGAAGCAAAUUGGGAUUCAGAAGCAUUUUCUAGUAUGUGCAAUCUCAGAAUACUUAUAAUCUCAAGUAAUGUGUAUCUUCCUCAUGGUCUCACAUGUCUUCCUAGUUCAUUGAAAAUUCUUGAAUGGAAAGCAUAUCCUUUGAAAUCUCUUCCACAUGGAGUUCAUCAUUUGUACCAAAUUGUUCUCCUAAAAAUGCAUCAUAGCAGGAUCAUACACCUUUGGGAGAGAACACAAAUGUUAGAAAAGCUAAAGUUCAUUGAUUUGAGAUACUCUAAAGAUUUCAGAAGAACUCCUAAUUUUUCAAUGAUUCCCAAUCUUGAACAACUAAUCCUUGAAGGUUGCAUAAAUCUUACUAAAGUUCACCCAUCACUUGGAAAACAUAAAAAACUUGUUGUAUUAGACUUGAAAGAUUGCAAGAAUCUUAAAGCUCUUCCAAGUAGAAUGGAAAUGGAUUCAUUAGAGAAAUUGAUCCUUUCCGAGUGCCUAAAACUUAAAAAGCUUCCAGAGUUUGGGAAAAGUAUGAAUAGCUUAUGGGUUCUUGAUGUGAAAAAUUGCCAAAACCUUAUUUGUCUUCCAAGUUCCACUUGUAAUUUAAAAUCCCUAAAAAUUCUCAAUAUUUUAAGUUGCUCAAAGUUUUCUUCAUUACCUCAAAAUAUUGAUGAAAAUAAGUGUUUAGAGGAGCUUGAUUUGAGUGAAACUGCUAUAAGAAAAAUACCUUCAUCCAUUAUUGGCCUACAAAAUUUGAAGUCACUAUAUUUGAAAGGAUGCAAUGGUCAAAAUUCAACAUCCAAUUCAUUAGGGAACUUGCUUUCCCUAAUUCCUAGAGUAUUUGGGUUUGUUAUUCAUGAAGCUCUAACUAGAUUGGUGUUUCCUCCUUCAAUCUCAAGUCUAGCAUCAUUAAAGGAAUUGAAUAUAAGUGACUGCAAUCUCAAAACAAUUCCAAAUGCUCUUGGUUGCUUACCUUCAUUGGAGUUCCUUAAUUUGAGUGGAAAUGAUUUUGGCAACCUACCUGAUGGCAAUUGCAUUCUUCCUUCUUCAUUCUCACAUCUUUCAUCAUUGAAGAGUUUGAAAUUAAGUGAUUGCAAUCUCAUGAUGGAUCAAUUCUUGAAUAUCUUAAUUGCUUAUCAUCAUUGGAGAGACUUGAUCUAGCCCUCAACAAAUUUAUCCAUCUUCCUACCAGUUGUGUUGCUAAUCUAUCAUUUUUGUCUCAUCUUCAUGUCAGUUAUUGCCCAAUGCUUAAGCAUUUUCCAGAUAUUCCACCUAACCUACAUCAGGUAGAUACAAUUGGUUGUCAUUCAAUGCAACCUUUAUCUUUCUCAGAGUUUGUGUUAGUUUUGGUCACAUCUGCUCUUGAUUUUUCAAAAUCUUUUCGUUUUAGGAUUUCAAAUUACAAGGCUUACAAAACCUGGUGGACGUUGGAAAGUAACAUUCCAUCAUGGUUCCAUAAUCAAAAUUUCCAAUUUCUUGAUAAAGUUGAUGGCUUUCAAAAUAAUCAUGUUGUUCAAAUUUCUGAGAGAAAAAUCUCGUGUCAAGGUUUUGAUCGAGGUCAUCGCAUUUUGAUUGAUGGUUUUAAACCAUCUGAUUCCAUUGUGUCAAUAAAAGUAGACAUCUCCCAUCUUCAUGGCUCAUGUGCAAGGUGGGGAAUUUCUCUUUGCAUUGUUAUACAAGAUCUAGACCUUCCUUGUAUUGAAGAGGUGUUCCAUCAACGACUAACAUUGGCUUCUAAAGCUUCACAAGAUGAAUUCUUCAAAAUUCAAACAUUUUGGAGAAUUGGUAUGGGAAACUAUCCCCAUCAAAUGUUGAUGAUUUAUUUCCCUAGUAGUAAUUUCAUAGUCGACAGUGACCAAAUCGAAUUCAUAUUUUAUACACAAAAAUAUAAGUGUAUAGACAUGGAAGCACGAUGGAAAGGGAAAGUUAAUCUGCAAAAUGAGAGCAAGUUUGUGAUAAGCAGCUGUGGGUGGCGUGUGAUAAGUGAAGAAGAUGUUGAGGAAUGUGGCAGAUCAAUGAACGAAUGCAGUACAAGUGGCAAUAACAGUGAAAUCCCUUCUCAAGACUCUCUUCAUGCUUAAGGAAAGAGAUCCCACCAAGUUGAAGAAGUGGCAAUAGAAGACAACACUGUGGCCAAUGACGAAGCACAAACAUUUUCUGCUAAACGAAGAAAACUCUAAUUUCUUUCACAGGUCUUUGUGGGCUGUAUAAAUAUGUGCAGCCAUUAGUCUAGCUUGAUUCAGGUUGCAAAAUGAUUCGGUGAUCACAAUGGCGUGGAGGAGGCAUUCCAUUUGGAGUGUCGAAAAUCGAUUGAUAUUUCUCCAAGGUCAUCUUCAAGUACAAGUAUAUCGUCCGACUCCACUGGUGUUUAGGUUCAUCGGUUCUUCUACUAAAAUGCAAAAAAUACAUCGAAUCCACAGCCCCGACACCGUAGAAAUAAUGAAAUUGACGAAAUUGGGCUGCAAUGCAGAGUGCCCGUGGAAGCCCUGUUAAAGUAAGAAAUUGACCCUGGUCAAAUGGUCCAAAAUCUUGAUUGAAGCAUUGCUAUAAUCCGCUACUUGGGGGCCUAGAGGAGCCAACCUUGAUGACCCAAUGACAACGUCAAACCCUACUAUUUUAAGUGCCGACGUCAUGAUCGAAAUAGUGUGUCCGUUGAUCUAUAUAUUGGCAAUUCCCACAGCAGGCCCAAUCCGUGCAUGACCUGACCUGUACCCAAUAGCGCACACAUUGGCCAGAAUGGUUCCAUAAGUAAAUUGAGGUGGUGCACGAUCUGAGGGUGCACAUAUAACUAUUCAAACUUGUUGAAAAUAUAUACUUUGUGUAUUAAUCUUGUUGAUUUGUUUCAAUAAGAAAUGGAUGGUGGCCGACGAAGCGUCUAGCAGUCUGCGGUGCUGGCUUUGAGGA